AUGUUCAACUAUUUGAUUUGGCUGUUUAUCCUACUCUGCAGCUCUACAGCAGAUGAAAACUCUGUCAGAGAUGCUGACAUCUUUCCUUCAUCUCCUGAAAUUGAAAGAGGAUCCACCCUGAAACUCUAUUGUUCUCUUGGAAAACGCUAUACACCUCACAGAAAUGCAAGCCACAUAAUCUGGAAAUUGAAUCAUGAAUUGAUUGCUCAGGAAAACUAUAACAUUGUGAACGAGACUGUAUCUAGUGUAACCAUCCAUAAUUUCACUUACAGCAAAGCUCAUGUGAAAUGUUUCAUGAAGUACCUGGACGAGGAACAACUUCUGGUUCACACGGAAGUAGAAUCUGGCCUUCCACCAGAUACACCAAGAAAUAUUUCCUGCACUUUUUACUUUAAUACUAAACUUACCUGCACCUGGAAUUCAGGAAGAGAAACAUAUCUUAUGACAAACUAUACUCUUUACCGCAAAAUGAUGUCAGAAGGAGGGGUAUUCUGCUGUGAAAGCAAAACAGAGUCAUGUUCGUUUCAUCAUCCAGAUACUCCAUAUAGUAGUUCGUCUUGUUUUCAGGUGAAAGCUGAAAACAUUUUGGGUGAAGCCUUCUCAGACUGUGUUCCCAUACGUAUGGAAAACAUAGUGAAAUUAGACCCUCCUGAAAUACUUUCAGUUAAAAGAAUCACUGAUAUAAAGCAGUUGCUUACAGUAACCUGGAAAAUGCCUGAGAAGAUUAUCUCUUCAAAAAAAUUUUUUUGCCAAAUUCAAUACAGAAACUUAUAUUCAAACUCUUCGGAAAUUGUCACAGUCCCACUGAAUUCUGGAGAGAAAACAGGAUCGUGUAAUCUCACAGGUCUGUGGGACUCCACAGAGUAUUCAGUUGCAGUUCGGUGUAUCAGUGUUGGGUCAAUGUUCUGGAGUGAAUGGAGUAGAAGGAAAAGUGCAAGCACAGAAGAGAAAGCUCCUUCAGAAAAAGUGGAUUUUUGGAGGGUAAUUGAGUCUUCACCCUCAGCUGAAAGUAGAUUUGUACAUCUUCUGUGGAAGCCAUUAAAUGACUUCCCACCUUCUGGAAGAAUUCUAGGUUACAAAAUACAGUAUUUUCCAGAAAAUGAUGCUGCACUUAAAAGGACAAACUUCUCUAUGAGUAAGAAUAUUAGUUUACUGUUAAAUGAAGAGGCAUACAUAAUAUCUGUUACUGCUUAUAACUCUGCUGGAUAUUCUCCUGAAGCUGUUUUGAGGAUUCCAUCCACUAAUGAAAAAACUUCUCAGAUUAUUGAAACAGUGAGGACCUUCACAACAAAGGAAGAAGUGGUUGUGGAAUGGACAGCCUCUGAAGCAGAAGUAACUCAGUACAUAGUUGAGUGGUAUGAGGAACUGGAGGCAAAUCCUUUUGAUAGAUCUUGGCAAUAUGUAACAAAUUCUACAGUCUGGAAAACUAAAAAAAAAAACUUUAAACCAUUUAUAUGCUACAACAUCUCAGUGUAUCCUCUCUAUGGAAAUACAGUAGUGGCUCCAUAUUCCAUACAAACUUAUGUUCAAGAAAAAAAACCAUCGGAAGGACCUGUGGCUGACACAGGUAUUCCAGGGAAAAAUGAAGUUACAAUAAAAUGGAAGGAGAUUUCAAAGGAUAAAAGAAAUGGAUUUCUCAGUAACUAUACAAUAUUUUAUAAGCCUGAAGAUGGAAAAGAAUUGAAUGAAACAGUGAACUCUGAUGUUCUGCAAUACCGAUUGAAGUCCUUAAAGUCUGAUACGCAAUAUACUGUCUAUAUCAUGGCAAGCAAUGAAGCUGGUGGAACCAGUGGAGAGCCAAAAACCUUCAAGACUUUGAAAUUUGAUAAAGAAGAUAUUCUUUUCAUUGCUCUACCCAUUGGAUUAAGCAUGUUGUCUCUGUUAGGCAUUUGGAUAAUGUGCAUUUUGAAAAAAAACAUGUUUAAAAAGGUUUGCUGGCCUGAUAUACCCAAUCCUGUGGGAAGCAUUGCAGUGGGAUGGCCUCUUGAUAGAUCUAUGAAUAAUUCAUUUUUGGAGAAAGGAAUACCUGAGGACAAACCCAUAGACUCUGAAGACCUAAGUGUUUUGGAAUAUUAUUUUCCUGAAGGAAGCCAGGAAGGAUCUCUGCUUAUCAAUUGUGAAAGGCAUGUUUCUGAAUAUACUGAUAUUAAUACAAAAGUCAUGGUUAUUGGAGAUAGAAAGAGACUGUAUAAUGAAGAAAAUGAAGUUGCUAAAUGUUUUUCAUCUUCCAUGCCUUAUAUAAUUACUGAUCAAGAUAACAGAAGUCAAAUGCAUUCAGCUUUGAUACCAGUGAAGGAAAGCCAACCUACAGAAAUGCUGGAGGAUGAUUUGUGUGAGUCCCAAGAGACUUCAAUUACAAAAGAAGAAAAUGAUAAUGAAGAAGUGUUAAAGCUGGAAGAUUCCAGUGAAAGAGCACCGUUCAAUCCAUACCUUAAAAAUUCUGUUAAAACAAGGGAAUUUCUUAUCUCCGAACACAGCAAGAAGGAAAUCAACAGCCAGUCAACUGUCUUACCUCCUUUUCAACAAGAUGUUGCAGGACAGUCCUAUGUGACACUGGACAUGUUCAGGCCAGCCACAGCUCAUUAG